CCAGUUAUUUUAGUUUCAGUUUUCUGUUUUCUUCUAAAUUUUUAAAACAUUUCAAAAAUUAAUAUUUCGUCUACAAGUUUUCUCGAUCGAUGACGCAUUGUAAACUUCCAUUUAUUCAAGAGAAUUGACGCUUUCUUAUGAUCAUGGUGAAAUUCAGACAGUACAGUUUGAAAUCACACAUCGUUCCUGGUCGGAUGGAAAGCGAGGACCUAUGCUGAUACUGGAAAUCUCCUUCGUAUUUGGACCAUAAAUGCCGUGGUUUUGGCCACUUUCCGUAUCUGUAUCGAAGCUGUUAAGAAUUCUCAUGAUUACCACAGUUUGUCAUGUGCUGGACGCGGCAUCUAAAGGAAACACUCCGACAGAUCCCGCAAAUGGGAAUGGAGAACAGAAGGUGGAUAGUUCGUUCAAGAAACUGGAGCCCGAUGGACCGGAUGACAAGCCGUUAGCCCUGGGUGCUCGUCAGGAGCGAAUGCCUGCGGGAAUGCCUCCAUUCGACAGGAGUGUUCCGCGUUACUGGCCACUGGAUUGGCAUCAUUUCUUUGAACCAAACUUUAUUCCAGAACUGCCUUAUCUCCCUAUCUGCUCCGAUCCAAAUAUUCCCUGCAGGAAUCUUUCCGCUCAAUGCCUUAGCUGUGAUCUUCGGGAUAGUGACAAUUAUAACUGCACAUACGGCGAAUCAGCAUGGUACCGAUGCGAGACCAAACCCAAAGUGCAGUGCAAGGGAGAAUCCACUUUUUACUUUCCGGCCAAGUGCCGAUUUUGUUACCAAACUGAAUUCCACGAGCACACGUGCGUGUCGCCAGUGAACUGUCGAGUCGGUGGAGAUCCAUGGAAGCGUGUGCGAAAAAACUGCACAGCCAACCACGAUGUGAUAUGCUUAGGCAAUCGGAGAUUCCACAAAGCCGACACAUGCAACUUCAGUUCCGGCCAUCGCUGGUCAGUGGCCAUGAUUCUCAGCAUUACACUGGGGGGAUUUGGGGGAGAUCGGUUCUACCUGGGACACUGGCAGGAGGGUGUGGGUAAAUUGUUCAGCUUCGGUGGUCUGGGUGUGUGGACCGUCGUGGACAUCAUUCUAAUUGCCAUCGGUUAUCUGCGUCCGCGGGACGGUUCGCUGUAUAUUGACUAUGAUCUGUAAACGAACCGUUUCCGCGGCAGUUCCAUAUACUGAGUGCCCGAGUGGCAGAUAUUUUCUGAUCUAAUGUGAUAAAUAAUUUGACCUUUUAUCGUUUUCGUGUUUGUACUGUUUGCGUUUUGUUAGCUGUUUUAUGCUGUCUUUGUUCUUUCUUCGACUGAAAUCGCGCCUUACAAGUUAUAAUAAAUCUGUUCUU